AUUACAAUCACCCAAUAUUUUAAUUGAUGGAGUUACUAAAUGGACUUCCUAAAAGUAUUCGGCAUGAAGAUAUAAAAUUUUUGUCUUCUAAAACAGUAGAAAAUGCGAUUUCAAAUGGCACGCUUGAGUCCGAAAGAAUUUUCAAUCGUCAUUUAGUUAGUGAAAAUCUGGAAACAUUACUGAAAAAAUGGUUAGAUGAAGGUGAUGAGCAAUGUGCAUUUUAUCUCGGUCAGAUUUACUUUGAGAAGGUAACCACGGUAGAAAAAAUUUAACUGAAGAAUCAGGAGAAAUAUAACGAAGCGUGGACUUAUUUCCGAAUGGGUUAUGAAAAGUUUAAUGAUCAUAAAUCGAAGUUCCAACUCGGUAUUAUGUUAUAUGACAAUCUAGUCAGUAAAGACGUGACAAAAGUUUCAAACCCACAAGUAGUUUUCAUGUUCAUAGUUACUCCAUCAGGCUAAAGCUUGUGAAUUUUUUAAGGAGAUUAUGACCUUGAACGUCCAAUUAGCUUUACCCGUCGACCAAAGAAACUUGGUUUUUAGUGCAGCUUUUAAUCUUGGAAGAGCAUAUUAUCAAGGCUACGGAGUAUGUCCAUCUACGGAAGAUGCUUUGAGGUGCUUUUUAUUUGCUGCGAACAAUGGUGAUUCUAAAGCUUGCAUUUCAGCUCAAACAGCACUUGGCUAUUUAUACUCAGGACCAGAAAUUCGUGAUUUACAAAAAGCGUUUCAAUGGCAUUCUGAUGCUUGUGGAAAUGGUAGUGUUGAAUCUCAAGCCGUAUUAGGUGUAAUGUAUUUAUAUGGAAUAGGUGUGAAAGAAAAUUGUGAUAAUGCUUUAUUCUGUUUAUCUGAAGCUUCAGCCAGAGGCAGUUUAUAUGCUAAAGCAAAUUUGAUUUACUUUUACUAUCGACGGAAAAUGUUUACGAAUGUAUGUUACUUGGCUAGCAGAAUGGUAACUUGUGACAAUUUUGUGACAACAUCAGAAUGUAUACAAACAUUUCAAUAUCGAGCUAUGUCAAUGGCAUGUUUUCUUUAUGCAUUAUGCUUAAAAAGUGGUAAAGGUGUACAGAAAGAUGAACUAUUAGCUGAUCAGCUAUUCUCUAAGAGUGUUGAAUGGGACCCACCAUUAGCCGCGAGAUAUGUAAAUUUAGUUAUAGCAGGCGAAUUGUAAAUAUGGAGAUCGAAAACAAACUGUAAGAAUUCAAUCUGAUAUUGUCACAAUUUCUUUGAUACACAUCACUCAUUGACUUCAAAUUCAAUCAUUUCCUCCUAUAUAUUUUUACAUAUAUUUUUUUUAAUUUGUUGGUAUAAACUACUGUUUUUUCUUGUAAACCUUAUACGUUGAUUUAAUAAAUAACCUGUCUUAUUGAAUUCCUAAAAUUGUAAUUCGUCACUGUGUUCAAAUAGCCUAUAUUCGUGUGAAAGCAUCCACUACCACAAUAGAUUAAUGAGAGAAAGUAUUCGAACGUGAUUGGUG